CCCUACAAUGACCCUUCUCAACCCCAUUUUUCCCAAUUCUGGGUCUUCAUUUCCGGACCAACAAACCCAGAGACCCCUCCAACCAUGGCACUCGUGGUUUACUGGUACGACUUCGUCUGCUUCGGCAUUGUUGGCUUCUCCCUGGUUUGGGCUUUGUGGGUCAUCUGGAGGAAGGAAGGAGCUUCGGAGAGAGUCGAAGACAGCACCGCGUAUGAGAGCCUUCUGGUGACCCGACCCGAUGGCGAGGUGUUCGUGAGUGCAUUGCCCAAGGGACAUGUUAGUACUUCGCAGCUCUGGACUAGUUGCUGGAAAGGGCUUCACCCUGGUUGGCUCUUGGCCAUUCGGUUUGUGUCGUUUCUGGUCUUGGCCGGCUUCUUGGCUUGGGAUAUUUUGGCCUGGGAUGCUUCCAUUUUCAUUUACUACACCGAGUGGACUUUCACAUUGGUUAUGCUGUAUUUUGCGUUGGGGACCAUAGUGUCUGGUUAUGGAUGGUGGUUGUCCUCAAACAAACCCUUCUCUGCAAAUGGGACAAGAAUAGAUUUGGAAGAGAAUAAUGCAAGUGUUAAUACUUAUAGGAAAAAUGGAAAUAGCGGAACCAUCAAAUUGCAAAGCCGCUAUGCUCAGGAGGAGAUUCAACUCAGAGCAGGAUUUUGGGGAUAUCUCAUGCAAAUUGCAUUCCAGACUUGUGCAGGAGCAGUUGUGCUCACGGACAUUGUCUUUUGGUGUGUCAUCGUCCCAUUUUUAUCAACUUCUCACCUCGGCCUAAAUAUGUUGAUGGGUUGCAUGCAUACUUUGAACGCGUUUUUUAUUCUUCUGGACACCAGUCUUAAUAGCCUUCCAUUUCCUUGGUUCCGUCUUUCAUAUUUUGUUCUUUGGAGCUGCCUCUACGUCAUCUUCCAAUGGGUCAUUCAUGCCUUCGGUUUCCCAUGGUGGCCAUAUCCGUUCCUCGAGCUUGAUACACCAUGGGCUACAUUAUGGUAUUUUAUUAUGGCCUUGAUGCACAUCCCUUGUUAUGGGAUUUUUGCGCUGAUUAUGAAAGCCAAGUAUUCAAUUUUCCCCAAAUUGUUUCCUCAUGCUUUCGUGAGGCCAUACUAGUUUAGGUUUUAUUCUUGCACCAAGAACUUCAUACAAUUGGGAGUGGUUUUGAUUCUGAUUGUUUUCUUGUCUAUAUAAAGAAGGCAAUGCACCGAGCCAUCCCCUCUGGAAAUUUGUGAUUCAGUAUUCUACAAUACGUUUGUUGGACCUGUGCCAUAGCUUUUGUGUCACACUGAAGCUACAUCCCAUAGAUAGUUUUGUUUAAAUUAUUCAAAAUUAUAUCCGAAUUUCAGAAUUGGUUUUGUA